AACUAUAUGUUUUAACAAGAAGAAACAACCAUAUUAUGUUACACAUCAAAAUUGGUUUAUUCUGAAACAGUGAUUGUGUUUUUCAUACGAACAAUAUUUUCAAAUAAAACUCCACAAUAUUUUCCUUAAGAGUUUAGAAAAGUCUGCAAGUUGCAACUUUGGUAAUAUAAAUGUUUUAGUACAGUCAAACCCCCUAACCCUGAAAAAAAAAAUAAAAUACCUUCAUUCAUAGUACACAGAAACUGAUCCUGAAAAAAAGGUGCCAGCAGGUCCACUGGAUUGUCCUCAGGCCUUAGUUUGAGAACCUUGAGAAUAGCCUCAGUUGACUAGAGAGUGAUUAGAAACGAAGCGCUAUAGAAACGCGUGGGCCAAUAGAAGUGCGAGAAGCUGUUUACAAGGGGGUGUAGCGUUUCUAUGGUUGCUGAACAAACCUCCUGCACCAGGUAUUAAACUGUCUCCCAGACAGAUCCUGCAGCCCGCUGACAUCCCUUAUAAAACAGCCUCCGCGGAGCAGAAGACGUGUCCAACACAGCGUACAACCAAAUCCACGAGAAUUACUCAUUCUUUCCUUCUGAGUUUUAAGCUGACAACAGGUGCAUUGGAAACACGGUGCGGCUGAAUUGGUGCUUUUCGUUUGGGGAUUUAAACGUGUUUGCAGCGUCGCACAGCCGCUAAAAGUUGGGUGUAAAAUUUCGGUCCUGUCAGGGGCUGGCAGGAGGAGGAGAAGACGAGACGGGUCUAGGGUGACGGAGGGGAGAGAGCCAUGCUGUCUCUGAGCUGUACCGACUCUUGGCCCGACGGCUCUGUGAUGCUGGAGGAGGAGGUGGUAUCCGCCGCUGCGCAGGUUGAGGAACGGGACAGUGUCAUAAACCACAACAACAGCUGCUGCAACAGCUCCUUUAACCUGGACGACAGCCUGACCAGCCUGCAGUGGCUGCAGGAGUUCUCCAUUCUCGGUGCCAACGUGCCGCAACAGGCCCAACAGCCGCACCUGUUCGGCCACCAGCACACGGGCUCCGACGCUCCAGCCUCGCCUCUGGCCGGGGACCCCGCCUCCAUGGGGAUGCCCCUGACCCCGGGGAAGCCCACGGCGGCGGCCUACAGCCGAAUGCAGGCGCUCCCCGGCGUCGUGGCGUACGGUCACUGCCCCGAUGAGGUGGACUACAAGACCAACGCGCACAUCAAGCCGCCCUACUCAUACGCAACCCUCAUCUGCAUGGCCAUGCAGGCCAGCAAGAAGACCAAGAUCACCCUGUCCUGCAUCUACAAGUGGAUCACGGACAACUUCUGUUACUACCGCCACGCUGAUCCCACCUGGCAGAACUCCAUUCGACACAAUUUGUCGCUCAACAAGUGUUUCAUCAAGGUUCCGCGGCAGAAGGACGAGCCAGGGAAGGGCGGUUUCUGGAAGAUCGACCCACAGUACGCUGAGCGCCUCCUGAACGGUGCCCACAAAAAGAGGCGGCUGCCUCCGGUCCAGAUCAACCCAGCUCUGCAGAACAGGCUCAGGGUGAACCUUCAGCCCCAGGCCAGAGUUCCUCGCGGCCCCACAGGAAGUCAGGUGGGCCUGUACGUCAACCCAGAGUCCCAGAUGCUCCUCCAGGAGUUCGAGGAGGCAACUGGGGCUGACCAGAAUUGGGACCCUCAUCUGGCUGAGGGGACCAUGCUGGGGGCCUGGCCGGUUGUUAGGGGAAGAGGUGGGCACAAGAGGAAACAAUCACUGGGCUACAGAAAUGGCAUCACCAAAGCUCCCCGGCGCUCCAGCUCUCCGCUGUUCCCUGUUGACGAGCACAAGGACAUAGGACCUCUGAAGGGGGACUUUGACUGGGACGCCCUGCUGGACUCAGCCCUCAACGGAGAUCUCACGUUGGAGGGCGGGGAACCUCUGAGCCCUAUCUUGAAAGAUGAGCACCUGACAGUGCGAGGAACCCAUAUCUCGCCUGUCGAAGCCCCUGCGGGGAUGGCGGACGUCCACGUGCUGGUGGAGACACAAAGGAGUAGCGACGUGUCAGACUUUGACGAGGAGACUUUCCUAGCCACGGCCUUCCUGGAGAGCCCCUGGCCCGAAGAGGAGGAACACAGCCGCAGCGACUUCCUCUGUAGCUCCAACGUCAACCUGGACCAGCUGUUUGACCUCGACGAGUCAUUAGGCGCUGACCCCAGUGCCCGGAUUGACACCCUCCUUUGAGGAAUGGCUUCUGCAGUAAAACCCCUUUGCAACGCUACUGGGAAGUACAAGACUCUUUUAUAUGAUUCAUACAUGAACUCGCAAGAUGCCACAGUGUACAGCAGCAGUUCACAUCAUCGAACCCACGUCAUCACUUUGGGUGAACGAGGAAGUGAGACAAGCUCAACCUCAGAGUGGGGCACCGCAGAGAAGAAGUUUGAGUCUGUGCUGUUAUACUGACUGAUCCCUGAACAUGAGCUGGCGAGCUCCGACCCCUGGGCUCCUGUACUUUGUUUACCUACUUCUGGUAUUUUUGAUCUCAGGACUGUAAAUCGUUUAAAUCAUGGUUAGUAAACAUAUUACUGAACGUGUGUGACUUGUUAAGCUCUACCCUUUGUCUUGCAGUUUGUCUCUGUGACCACUCUCGGUAUUACGUUAAAUAAAGAGCUAUCCGAAUGCCCUGCAGCAUUGAAGCUUUGACCUUAGAACACGUAGAACUGAAAACAAGUGGAUUAUGAAGCUUUUUGCUUUAUGGUUGCGUCUCAAUGUGAGGCUCAAUGUAAAAUAUUCUUGGUUUACGCACUUGGAAAUGGAUUUUUGUCAGUCAAGUUAUCAGGUUCAUUUUUUGGUAAUGCUAAUACAUUUAUUAGCAUGUACCUCUGGAUAAGGUUUCAUUCACUGUUCAAACACUGUUUAAACUGUAAUUACCAGCAGAUUUGAUUUGACCACAUGGUAAAUGUGUUAUAUCCCAAUACACAGAUGUCAAAUAACUACUGGUUGCAGUCCAUUACUGCUGACUCAACUUGCUUUGGGGAUGAAGUCACUGUUUACGCUGUGUACAUGUGUGUUCAUAAUGUUAAUUUAGUCAAAUACUGGGGGUUUCAAAUCAUUUUGGUUUAAGACAAAGCUCUGGCUGAGUACGGCCGAGGCUGUGGAAAGAUUCAUUUCACUGCAAGGGCUGAAACAGUAGCACACAUGUGCUGCUGGGGACAGUUUAACGUGAGUGGAGAAACUGUGGCAGUAGCACUGACAUAUUUGCCAAAUGAUAUUUGGUGUAGGAGUGUUUUUAACGGUUUUAGGACUAAUUCUUCUCUGUAGGCAUCUUUCUAAAAUAAUUAGGUCUAGUUUACUUACUUUAACAAUAAUUACACAGGUAAUGUAGAUAUUUAUUGAAAAAAUAUAACAGAGCGUUUUGUUUUGUCUCAUAUCAAAUGAAAAUAUUCCUUGUAGUACUUACUAACCACGUUCUUCGGUCCUUCAGUGAGCUUCAUGGCGCAAAAGGUGAGACAGACACGAAACAGCUCGAGGCGAAAUUCUCCAACAGAAAAACGAUUAAGAAUAAAAGCGUUUAAAAACAGGCCACAGCGCCUCGUCAAUGAAUACCUGACCUUCUAUGUGCCAAGAACAACACGUCGGGCUCAACAGAGUGGCAGUAUUUGAGGAAAUGUCUGGAUACAGAUACAGACGAUCUAAACCGAAUUCUCCAUUAAGACGAGUAAAGACUUAACACAGAUGCAGUAAUUCCUCUAAAAUAUGUGCAAGUGGAAUCAACGUGUAGUGAUGCUUGUUCUGUUGUACAUCCAGUUGUGGUCUGUCUGUUCAUGUAGUUUACAUUCACUCUUGUGUGUAUUAGAAGAUGCGAAUACACUUUGGACGGGUGACGAAGCAACAGCAUUAGCUUUUCUCAGUACCACAGUAAUGAAUCCGUAGCUCAUGAUCGGUUCUGUAACAUUGGAGACACUGUACUUGUUCUUUUACUUUGAUGUUUUUAUUUUACUUCUUGCUUUUCCUUGACAAUAAAAACAUGUUUUACGCCA